GUGGUAUUUAAUAUUCUCUUAACAUAUGCGUGCGUUUUCAUAGUAUUGUUAAACAUUUAACAAUUUGUAUAAUGUCUUCAGCGGAUUUUAGCAAUCCUUUGAGAAAAUUUAAAUUAGUCUUUCUAGGCGAGCAGAGCGUUGGUAAAACAUCUUUGAUAACAAGGUUUAUGUAUGAUAGUUUUGAUAAUACCUAUCAGGCCACCAUAGGAAUUGAUUUUUUAUCAAAAACGAUGUAUCUAGAAGACCGAACUGUCAGAUUGCAAUUAUGGGACACUGCAGGCCAGGAAAGAUUCAGAAGCCUCAUUCCUUCUUAUAUUCGAGAUUCAACUGUGGCAGUUGUUGUAUAUGAUAUUACGAAUUCAAAUUCAUUCCAUCAAACUUCGAAAUGGAUAGACGACGUGAGAGCAGAAAGAGGGAACGAUGUCAUAAUUAUGCUCGUUGGAAAUAAAACAGAUCUAGCCGAAAAAAGACAAGUUAGUACGGAAGAAGGUGAGCGGAAAGCCAAAGAUUUGAAUGUUAUGUUUAUAGAAACAAGUGCCAAAGCUGGUUAUAACGUUAAACAGCUCUUUAGGAGAGUUGCUGCAGCGUUACCUGGUAUGGAAUCUACUGAAAAUAGGAGAGAAGAUAUGAUUGAAGUAAAGUUAAAAGAUACCCCUAUAGAACAAAAUGCUAAAACUGGUGGUUGCGCUUGUUAAUUAUCGUAUGCACACAAAAUAAAAAUAAACCACACAAAUCGACUCAAUAAACAUUGAAUAUAUAUAUAUACGUAUAUUACUGUAAAUUAAGUUUAUGCAAAUGUUUUUACUAAUUUCUUUGUGAAUUCAUAUAUAAGAUGAACUCAACUUAUUUUAACGAAAAUACAUAUGAUUUUUUAAUGUAUCAAUAGUGAGAAUGUAAUUUAUCUCCAAAAUAACCUAAUUUAUUUUAAAAAAAUAUUUAAACUUACAUUAUUAUAAUAUCAAUAAUUGUAUUUUUUAUGCUGUAUAUUUAUUAAUUUAUAAUAAACAGGUCUGGGG